UGCACCACACGGACAAACGAUUGUCAAUGGACUAUGUGAGACGGAUCUCAAAUCGGUUUACGCAACGGGUUCCUGCGCUUCGGCUGCGUGGUUGUUUUUUUUUUGGACUUGUAAUUUGCAACCAGAUCCGCUUUUUAUCCGAAUGGAAAGAGAAAGGACUCAUUUCCAAACAAAAUGCCGUGAGUCUUGAAGUUUAGUGGCUUUUGUGUGUUUGUAGAUUCUCCUAUGUUGGCGACCAGUCGCUCACUUUGAAUUUAUAGUUGGCAGUCGUACUCUUUUUAUUUUAUUUUUAUGACUAUACGAGUGUGGCACAUUUAGGAUAAAGUAGUGUGCCAGAGAUGUAGGCUACUCAUCGAUGAAACCGAAGUUGUGCGUGCUAUGGUUUUGAAUCAUCCAAGGGAUUCAUACUGAAUAUAAUUCAUCUGUGAGCAGAGGUCGUGUCGUUAAGCAAGAGCGGAUUCAUUCCAGCUGUGAACCCACGAGUCUUUCGUGUUUUAUAAAUCAUUUCAGUUUUAAUUUCAAGCUGACACAGUAACGUCCCCGAGGAAGAAAUCACUAAUACAAUUCUGUAGCUUUGGGACUUUUUAAUGCCUCCGGGGAACAUGGUAUGAGUUUAUACUGACCUUAUCUCACUUUAUAUGUUUGUAUGCUCUUUUUAAUCCUUUUAUAAUAUUAUCACAUUCCCAAUCAGUCCGGCGAAAUAAUUGUGGAUCAUAUCUUUGGAAAAAAUCUCAUCGUCCUUUUCUCAAGUGACUUUGUGCGUGCAGUCUUUUUCUUUCCACAUGGGAUCAUAGCUGAGUCCAUACGUCUUGUUUUCUUCCAUGCCCGUACUGUGGUCCAUUAUAAGCUCAGUGGACCUCAGUCUCGAUAAACUUGUCGGGGACCUGCGGGCAUGGGAGAAGCGACCCCUGCUCAGUCUGCUGCAGGGGCAUUCGUACCCAUGUUGGGUGUCGGUUUAGGAACUAUGCCCGGUGGGGUCGGCAACGGGCCGACUGUGGCCACCUCCAGAGGCUCCGCGGUGCCACAGCUUCACAACGCCAUAGUUGAGCGUUUGCGCGCCCGUAUAGAACUGUGCAGGAGACACCACUCCACCUGCGAGAACCGCUACCAGAGGGGUCAGGCCGAGACCUCGGACCGGGAGCACGAGAAUACGCUUCAUCUGCUCAACAUAGUCCACCAGGGGCCUGGGAACCGAAAGACAAAGGGCAGCCGGGGAUCGAACCAACAACCUCCAGAGUACAGCAGAGCCAACGGAGAGCAGAAGGGCUCAGAGGGCGAGCAGAAGAUUUCCACGCGCAUAGCGCUUCAAGGAUCUCUGCGAAGGAAGAUCGAGGGACAUGCACCGGGGCACGCACCAAAGCAGAAUGGGCUCUCCUGCGUAUUCUCUGGAUCAGACUUUAAACGGGUCCGUGUUGAUACCGGAGCUCUGGGACACGGGCCCUGCAACCAUAACCUAACCCAGUCUCAUUCUCUGCAAGGAUCCACAACAAUGGGAAUGCAGAGGAAGAAUUACAUGAUGCCCCACGGAGUGGGGUCAGAUAUAUUCAACAUGACCCUGAAAGAAAUGAAAAAAGAGCCCAUUGAGAUCCAGUCUUGUGGCCAGUCAAACGCAGAGAUGAUUUUUGACUUCAAAGACGAAGGUGGGGGUCAGAUUGACCCAGAGCUCCAGGAUCUUUUUGAUGAGCUGACAAAGACAGUGCCAACGCUAAAUGACCUGGAGUUUGAGAAGAUGCUGAAACAGGAUGAUACAUUCGGUUUGGAUCUAGGCCGGCCAAGCUCAGCAGGAGCAGCUGCCACUUUGUGUUCCCCGAUGGAGAGGCCGAUAAAGAUGGAGCACUCCCCAGAUUUUGGCCAGGUUCAUUGUGGUUCACCGCAGCUCCGACCAGCUUCAGCAGGACCCUCUUUCACGUUAACCAGCACCUCUUCUACCGCCACGUCACAGAAAGCUAAUACUCAGGCCGGGCAGCCCAGAGCCAUGCCCUGCUGGCCAGAAAUAUCCCACGCAGAACAGCUGAAGCAGAUGGCAGCAAACCAGCAGCAGCCAAGCUCUCUGCUCCAUCACCACCACCAAACACCACCUGCAGGAUUGUCCAGCUGGACUCCUGCCAUGAGUACCCACUCCUCCACCAGCUCCUUCCCCCAGGACAAAGUCCCCAGCCCAGCCCCGCUUAGCCAGCAGAGGAUUGCCUCUCAGAGUAAAGGGAUCAACAACUGCCUCUUUAAGUCAAAUGGCCACAAUGGGUCCCAUCAUUUGGACAUGAAGGUUCUUAGCACCAAGCCCACGUUGCACUUCAGCCCCAAAGCGCCCCAUUCUGCUAGCCAGCCGAUGCCGACCAUAGCAAGCUCAGUGAACAAGAUUCCAGCCCAGCAGCAGCAGCAGCAGCAGCAGCAGCAGCAGCAGCAGCAGUCGCCAUCGACCAUCCAGAAUCAGCCACAUUCAGCUCUCCACUUCCAGAACCAACCCAUCUCCACAUCAGGGGCGCUCUGUCUGCAACCCAAGUCUGUUCCUGCAGGUCUGCCGUUCAAACUGUCUCAGCAGCGACAGGGUGUCCCUCCUGGUCCAAGGUUGCCGACUAAUGGAAGCUUAGGAGUCAUGUCGGCCCAGUCUCAGCCACGGCUGCCAGCACCCAACAACCAGCAGAAGGGCCCGGCCAAAACUCAGGCCAUGCCGAGACAGCUUACCCAACAACAGCACACCAUUAACAAUUCAGACAAAGACAGUGCACACGAUCAGUUCAAUCGUCAUCUCACAAGGCCUCCACCUGAUUACAAGCAGUCAAGAAGCAUGGUGGGAGUUCAGCAAGGAAACAUCUUCACAGGUCAAAACUCCUCCCAGUCUUCCAGCAGUGGCCCUGAGAAUGACCUACAGGCCAUGUCUUGUCACCUCCCAGGUAGGUCUGGUUCAAAGAUGAGUCCUUCACCAGCGGACCGCAGAUUUGGGAUCGGGGCCGACUGUCAUCCGAGUUCCUGCAUCGGCCAGUUCCAGCAGCAUAACAAUCAGAAUCGAAUCGGACCCAGUCAAAACAAAGCCAGGUUCCUGGGGCCAAACGCGCACGGAAAUUCGUUUGGGAUGAACAAUGUAGCAGGUGUACAACACCCGAGACCGACAGCUGACCUGCAUCCCUCAGGGGUACCAGGACAGGGUCUCGGAGGCUUGAUGAAAAAUGUCAACAUGGGCUGGGGCUCAGCCAACAAGCAAGUGACAGCUGGACUCAAUGUUAGGCGGCUACCCAAUCCACUACAGUCUCAGGGUGCGCAACUGGACAUGCCAAACCUCCCAUACCAACAGAGACACAUUGGCCCUCCCAACCAAGUAGCACCAGACAUCGGGAUGAUCCCUCAUAACCCUUCGAUAAGAGACACAGGCCCAAGACCAAGCCAGCCAAUGAUGGGAUCUCCAUCAGCAGCAGUGGGAAACCUGAACCAGGCCUCUCCUGAACAGAGGGUACCAGCAGGCAACUUUGCAGAGCCCAGUCCCAGCUCUAACAACUACCAGAAUAACCGGGCCAACCGUCUGACCUUUGACUUCCUCCCCGAGGGAGACAACACGGUUCCAGGGAUCAACACGGACUCAGACUUCAUAGACUCUCUGCUUAAGUCUGGCUCUGGGAAUGAUGAUUGGAUGAAAGAUAUAAAUUUGGAUGAGAUCUUGGGCAGUCACUCAUGAAUUUGAGUCACAGAUUACUAAAAAAAAAAAAAAAAAAAAAAAAAGACCCACAGCUCAAACUAUAGAGGGAAUGGAUGUAAGAUGUAAGGGGUAACAUUUUUUAAAUAAUGUUAAAAUGGAAUUUUAUAAACUCAUAUUAUUUGUUAUCCAAGUAUACUGUAUUGUUUUGUAUUGUAUUUACUGUGAAAGGAAUCUGUGUUCUGUCCUUAGUGCUCGGCAUAUUUUAUUCCUGGUAUAUUGGCCAAGAAACUGCUUUUUCUUUGCAGUCACCGUUUUCGUGGUCUCUCUGUCAUACUCAUGCUGUAGUGCUGUCGCAUAGGAUGAAAUACCAAAUUCACACUGUGAAAAGAAAACAUUGCUGUGUUGCUUUCAAGUUCAUCUUGAUAUUCCGAGUUAAGUUUCUAAAUCUGCAUCCACUAUUUAGCAUGAUAUGGUAUUUACCUUAAGAAGCUUUGCUACCAUACACACAGAAAACCUUACCACAACCAGACGAUUUCUUACUUAUCGUUCAAGCUUUUUUUUUUUUUCAUCUGUGGUAGUUUUUGAUGCAAUUUAAAUAAUGUAACCAUUAGUUUUUAUUUCCUGUGAUAUUUAAUAAUUAUUGGGAUAGUAAUGAUACAUUAUAAUACAUGUAAUUAAUCAAAUUGGUUUGAAUAAAUGAAUAAAUAAAAA